UGCUAUUUGUUUUUCCUUUUCUUGGUGUUUCGCUGCAUUGAGAUUCAAAAUUGUAGGCUUCGAAUCAAAUUUGUAGCAAUUUGAUAGUUUGGUUUUUCUUUGGGUUUUGGUUGCUGAACGGGUGAAAUAGUUUCCAAAUGAUUAGGUGGAAUAGAUCGAUGGGAGUGGAAUUGGUAUAAUGCAGCGUCUCCCUGUUCUCUAUUUCCCUCACUGCUUAAGCUUCGGAUGGCGAUUGGGUCAGUUUUUCUGCUGUUCAGCUCACUGAGUCAACCAUCUCUCUUUCUAGUUUUUUUUUUGUCUCUUUCUAGUUGCAAGGCUAAUUAACUGAAAGUCUGAAACCAAAAGAAAUAAAAGAAAUAGAGAGAUCUUUAUACUUUCUAUUUAAACCAGUUCUAUUGUCGCUCUCAUUCCACUUCUGCUUUGAGCUUUCAACGGAACAACAAGAUCCUCAAGUGUUUCCCUCAUGAUAUAAGUCUAAUCGCAGGUAGAAGAAAAAGUGAGAAUUGUAUGAUCUGUAUUCUGUAAUUGAAAGUUAAAUAGAAAAUGGGGUGUGCUGUUUCGAGGAUGGAUCAAGAAGAGAGGGUUCGCCUGUGUAAGGAGCGAAAGAGGUUGAUGAGAGAAUUGGUUGGGUAUAGAGAGGAAUUUGCGAACUCCCAAUUAUCAUAUUUGAAGGCAUUAAAGAACACUGGGGUGACUCUUAGACAGUUUACUGAUUCGGACACAUUGGAGCUUGAAACCAUCUCCUGCGAAGACCACAUUGACUCUUCUCCGUUGCCUCCGCCGCCACCCCCCACCCCCACCUUUUAGCCCUGAUUCAAGAAAGAAUGGUGAUAAUUGGGAAGAGAGCGAAGAGAUGGAGAGCAGCCAAUCUGGAGAUAUAUUUGAUGAUAGCUCAUCAAUGAUGAACUGGUUUAAUAAAGACUCUUCUACAGAUGUGGCCGUGGAAGCUUUGAAAAUCAGAAAGACACUUGAGGGAAUUAUGCAGGAUUUAAAUGACUAUUUGUUGAAAGCAUCAGCUGGUGCAACAGAAAUAGCAGUUUUUACUGACAUCAACAUUGGGGACAGUGCCGUUCCUUGGAAAAUUAAGGAGAACAAGGGGAAGAGGAGCAGGUCUUCUAAGGCCCUUCCAGUUGGUAGAGAUUCUGCUCAGUGUGGAUCUAAUGAGCCAUGCAAGCCUGGCGCUCAUUGCGUAACCCUUGAUAAGCUUUAUGUUGCAGAACAGAAUCAUUUCAAGGAUUUGGAUGAGCUUGAAAGGAAACUGGCGGGACUGCAGAAUCAAGACGAAAACAGUUUAGAGACUUACAAUGGGCUCCAAGAAUCAAUAACCACAAUCUCUUCAUCUAUUUUGGAGGUUAUUGAUGAAGAGUUGUACCCCCAAUUGAUUGCAUUAACUUCAGGGUUAAUGGAAAUAUGGAAAAUGAUGUACAAAUGUCACGAUUUGUUUUGAGAGUAUGUUUAAAAUUAUUUCCGAGGUUGUUUUUAUUUACAUAAUGAGGCAGGCUCAAUUUCACCAAAUUGUUUUGACCUUUUUAAAAUGGAAUCGAAUGUCAAGUUAAAAGCCGUCUGUAGGACUCUUUGUGUUCG